ACCAUUACCUGUAAAGCAUUACUGUUUUUUUAAAUGGUAGGAUGAGUUUGGUCUGGGGAGCUUCAGGGUUAUUGUAAAAUGAGAGCUAGUAUUCCUCAGUGGAAGUGUUGGCAGAUAAGCAGUGUGUUUAAACAGUUGAAGAGAUAAAGGUGAGACUAUCAGUUGGACAAACAGUCUAACUUAUAUAACACGCGGUAGAGUUCACAGUAGCAGGGUAAUUCUUAGAUCUCAGGUAGGUGAUAACUGCUCUUGCCACAGUGAAGGAUGUUUAUGUGAGAUUAUGGGUGUUAAUUUGCUUCACAGUAAUAACCAGUUUACUACAUGUGUGUGUCUGAUAACAUCAUGACUUAAAUGUGCAGAGUAAAUAUUUAAAUACAGUAAAACUUAGUGUAAAAAUAAGUAAAGGCCCUGAUGAGACCGGUUUCCCUUGAAGGUAUAAGGAGACCAGGAAGUGCAGAGGAAGAUGCUCAGAGUCAUUAGCAUUAUGGAAACAUGAAUGAAAGCCGGAAUGAAGUACCGUUUCCCCAGAAGAGUGCUGUUGACAGCGUGUAGAAUUGAGUCCUCAUGCUUCGUCACCUUAGAUUUGCAUUUCCCCAGAGUCAAGAGUUAAUUGCUAUAUGACAUAGUAGUUCUACUCCCAGUUUUACACUCAAGAUAAUUAAAACUUACAUCCACAAAUGCUUCUGCAUAAGCAUUCAUAACCAUGUUACUGAUAAUCUCCAGAAGUAGAAAUGAUUUAAAUGUCCACCAGUUGAUGAAUGGAUAAACCAAGUAGAGUAUCUGCAAACAGCGGGCCCUCAUUCCACCUUGAAAGGACAGUGACUGUGCUAGUCACAAGAGCAUGAGCUGUCUGAGGACUCUAGCUUGAGAAACUUUCUUACAGAAGCUCACCUUCUAUAAAGUACAGGAGCUUUGCCGUGGUUCUUUUUGUGUGGAGGAUCAGUUUGGGGAUCUUUGGCUCUUGGAGUGUCGCCUUCAUCUUGUGUAUUUUUUUUUUUCUGUGCCACUUGUCUGCUGGGCAAAGGACACUCUUAGAGUUGUUUGUUAGCUAACUGAUGCUGAUUCUUUGAAGUUUGCAGUUCUAAGCUCAAUCUGAGAGACAAAUAGCUAAUUUUGUAUGUAGAGAAAUUAACUAAAUUUAAGGGUACCAUCCUGUCCCAUGUGCCUUCACCUAUUGAGGUUGAUCUGGCACAUUUUACCAGAGAUAGAUGGAGUUUUGGGUCACUGAAAUUACUCUUUAGAAAUUGCAUGAAAUUGAGUAUAAUUUAGCAGCUCUUUAAGUCAACAGACUACUUUUACCAAGACAUGUUCAGUCUUGUUAAAAAGUGAUAUGCAAAUUGGCUUUGUUAAUUGCCCCGACUUAAAUCCCCUAACAACCAAAUGUAAAGUCAUUUUACAUACUCAUGACAGCUCUGAUAGCUUGUCCCUAUUGGAGGCUUUGUAUUACUGUGUGUGUUGUGUUUUGUAAGUAUAAGACACUUAAUACAGGGAUCGAGCCAUCAACAGAUUAGUGGGGGCUCUCCUACAAUUCUCUGAACAUUGCCUCUUAUUUUUGUAAGGUGCCCGUUUAGUGGCUGCUGCUUUGUCUGCUGCCUUUGCUCCAGAAUUUCAGAAAAGCUCAGCAGCUGUUCAACUUGGGCAUCUUGUCAUAGUCCCAUCUUAAUAAAUACAUCUUUACUUCUGUGGUACUGAGUUAACCUUAAUUCUCCUUCUUUGAAUCUCAAUGUUAAAAAAGACGUUGUUUUAUUAAUAACACUUAUCUCGCUGAUAUUCCCCCAUCUAAAUACUAGCCAGGCCAACCUCGCUUCCCUUCCAUAUUAACUGAUACUCUUCUUUUGAGACUGAUUCAGUCACAGAGCUCAUGCUAACAAGAGCAUUGUUAGGACUUUUCUCAGCUUGGGUGAGGCCUCACCUGGUUUUGCCUCCUGUUCUCCCUCUGACUUCAUAUCCUAGUAUUCUAUCCCCAGUCCCAGCUGGUUCGUUACUGCUUCUCAAAAGAAAACAACAACAAAACACUUCCGUUCUGCCUUCAUCUUUUUUGUUUGUCACUGCCGGUUCCCUCCCUCUGCUCCAGCUCACUCUUCUCACCUGGCAUGCCAGCUUGUCCACACGGCUGUGCAGCUAAACACACUUUUGCCUCAUUUUUCUCCAGAGUACUUACCAGUUUCUUAAAUGUGCCAUAUACAUUACUUUUAAAAGGAUAACAUUUACAUCCCUCCAAAUAAGAGGAAACUACGAGAACAGAGACUUUAUAAAUUGUAUUCACAGUUGGAUGUGCAGGGCCUACACGGGAAGUUAUUGCACUCAUAGAGCGCAGUGAACAUUAGAGCUCACAAAAUUGGACUGCUCCCCACACUGAGGUCAGUUUAAACAUGUUUCCUUAAUUGUGCCUGAAGUUACCUUUGAUAGUAGCAUAGCAUGUAGCCAAGAAUUUUAUUUUGAUUUUUAUUGAGGUUAAAGCUAAAGCUAAUAUCUGUAAUACACUUUUGCAUACUCAGAUUGCAUAUUUUGUAUAAUGUGUUUCUAUAUAGGUUAUAUGUGUAUUGUAUAGUACAUAAAACAUCCCAGCAUUUAGACAGAGGCAGAGACCAGUCAAUCUCUAGGAGUGCAAGGCCACUCUAGAAUACAUAGUGAAAUGGUAUCUAAAACAACAGCUACAACAACAGGAAAAUACAAGGUGUGAAGUUCAUCAACAUGAGUGGCCUUGGGGACAGUUCAUCCGACCCUGCGAACCCAGACUCACAUAAGAGAAAAGGAUCGCCAUGUGACACACUGGCAUCAAGUACUGAGAAGAGGCGCAGGGAGCAAGAAAAUAAGUAUUUAGAAGAACUAGCUGAGCUACUGUCCGCCAACAUCAGUGACAUUGACAGCUUGAGUGUAAAACCAGACAAAUGCAAGAUCCUGAAGAAGACAGUAGACCAGAUACAGCUAAUGAAGAGAAUGGAGCAAGAGAAAUCCACAACUGAUGAUGACGUGCAAAAGUCCGACAUCUCAUCGAGCAGUCAAGGAGUGAUAGAGAAGGAGUCGCUGGGCCCCCUUCUUCUGGAGGCCUUGGAUGGAUUUUUCUUUGUUGUGAACUGUGAAGGAAGAAUUGUAUUUGUGUCAGAAAAUGUGACCAGCUACCUGGGUUACAAUCAGGAAGAAUUAAUGAAUACCAGCGUCUACAGCAUACUGCAUGUGGGAGAUCAUGCAGAAUUUGUCAAGAAUCUGCUACCAAAAUCACUAGUAAAUGGAGUUCCUUGGCCUCAAGAGGCAACACGCCGAAACAGCCAUACAUUUAACUGCAGGAUGCUGAUUCACCCUCCCGAUGAGCCAGGCACUGAGAACCAAGAAGCUUGCCAGCGCUAUGAAGUAAUGCAGUGUUUCACGGUAUCACAGCCAAAAUCAAUCCAAGAAGAUGGCGAAGACUUCCAGUCGUGUUUGAUUUGUAUUGCUCGACGAUUACCUCGGCCUCCAGCCAUUACAGGUGUAGAAUCCUUUAUGACCAAGCAAGAUACUACAGGCAAAAUCAUCUCUAUUGACACUAGCUCCCUGAGAGCUGCUGGCAGGACUGGCUGGGAAGAUUUAGUAAGGAAAUGUAUCUAUGCUUUUUUCCAACCUCAGGGCAGAGAGCCAUCUUAUGCCCGACAGCUGUUUCAAGAAGUGAUGACUCGUGGCACUGCCUCCAGCCCAUCCUAUAGAUUCAUAUUGAAUGAUGGGACAAUGCUUAGCGCCCACACCAAGUGUAAACUUUGCUACCCUCAAAGUCCUGACAUGCAGCCUUUCAUCAUGGGAAUUCAUAUCAUCGACAGGGAGCACAGUGGGCUUUCUCCUCAAGAUGACACUAAUUCUGGAAUGUCAAUUCCCCGAAUAAACCCCUCAGUCAAUCCUGGUAUCUCUCCAGCCCAUGGUGUGACCCGUUCAUCCACGUUGCCACCAUCCAACAACAACAUGGUCUCUGCCAGAGCAAACCGCCAGCAGAGCACAGACCUUAACAGCGGCAGCAGUCACAGUAACUCUAGCAGCAGCCAAGGGAGCUUUGGAUGCUCACCUGGCAAUCAGAUUGUAGCCAGCGUUGCCUUAAGCCAGGGACAGGCAGGUUCCCAGAGCAGUAAUCCGUCUUUAAACCUCAAUAAUUCUCCUAUGGAAGGUACAGGAAUUUCCCUCGCACAGUUCAUGUCUCCGAGGAGACAAGCUAAUUCUGGCUUGGCAACAAGGGCCAGGAUGUCAAACAAUUCAUUUCCUCCAAAUAUUCCAACAUUAAGCUCCCCGGUUGGCAUCACUAGCGGUGCCUGUAGUAAUAAUAACCGAUCCUAUUCCAAUAUCCCAGUAACAUCUUUACAAGGUAUGAAUGAAGGACCCAAUAACUCUGUUGGCUUCUCUGCCGGCUCUCCAGUCCUUCGGCAGAUGAGCUCACAGAAUUCACCUAGCAGAUUAAGUAUGCAACCAGCAAAAGCCGAGUCCAAAGACAGCAAAGAGAUUGCAUCCAUUUUAAAUGAAAUGAUUCAGUCAGACAACAGUGCUAAUGAAGGCAAGCCUCUGGACUCAGGACUUCUGCAUAACAAUGACAGACUCUCAGAUGGAGACAGUAAAUACUCUCAAACUAGUCACAAACUAGUACAGCUAUUGACGACGACCGCAGAGCAGCAGUUACGGCAUGCCGACAUAGACACGAGCUGCAAAGACGUCCUGUCCUGCACUGGCACUUCCAGCUCCGCCUCCUCUAACCCCUCAGGAGGUACUUGUCCCUCUUCCCACAGCUCUCUGACUGAGCGGCAUAAAAUUCUGCAUCGGCUUUUACAGGAGGGCAGCCCCUCAGACAUCACCACCUUGUCUGUGGAACCCGAAAAGAAGGACAGUGCGUCAGCUUCUACUGCUCUGUCAGUGUCUGGACAGGCCCAGGGGAGUGCCAGCAUAAAACUAGAACUGGACGCUUCAAAGAAAAAAGAGUCGAAAGACCAUCAGCUCCUACGCUACCUUUUAGACAAAGAUGAGAAAGAUUUAAGAUCCACUCCAAACCUGAGCCUGGAUGACGUAAAGGUCAAAGUGGAGAAGAAAGAGCAGAUGGAUCCUUGUAACACAAACCCAACCCCAGUGACCAAACCUGCUCCCGAGGAGGUUAAACUCGAGUCCCAGAGCCAGUUUACAGCUGACCUUGACCAGUUUGAUCAGUUAUUGCCCACACUGGAGAAGGCAGCGCAGUUGCCGGGCUUGUGUGAGACAGACAGGAUGGAUGGUGCGGUCCCCGGUGUGAACAUCAAGUCGGAGAUCCUGCCCGCUUCACUUCAGCCCACCCCUGCCAGAUCUGCUCCCAGGCUGAACAGAUUGCCUGAACUAGAAUUAGAAGCAAUCGAUAACCAGUUUGGACAACCAGGAGCAGGGGAUCAGAUUCCAUGGGCAAAUAAUACUGUGACGGCGAUAAAUCAGAGUAAACCAGAAGACCAAUGUAUUAGCUCACAGUUGGAUGAGCUCCUCUGUCCACCAACAACAGUAGAAGGAAGAAACGAUGAGAAGGCCCUUCUGGAACAACUGGUGUCUUUCCUCAGUGGCAAAGAUGAGACGGAGCUGGCCGAGCUAGACAGAGCGCUGGGGAUUGACAAGCUUGUACAGGGAGGUGGAUUAGAUGUAUUAUCUGAGAGAUUUCCACCACAGCAAGCAACACCACCUUUGAUGAUGGAAGACAGGCCCACCCUCUAUCCCCAGCCAUACUCGUCUCCUUCUCCCACCGCCGGUCUCUCUGGCCCUUUCCAAGGCAUGGUCCGACAGAAGCCUUCACUGGGUACUAUGCCGGUUCAAGUAACACCUCCUCGAGGAACCUUUUCACCCAACAUGGGCAUGCAACCCCGGCAGACUCUAAAUAGACCUCCAGCUGCACCCAACCAGCUUCGGCUGCAGCUGCAGCAGCGGCUACAGGGGCAGCAGCAGUUGAUGCACCAAAACCGGCAAGCUAUCUUGAACCAGUUUGCAGCAAAUGCUCCUGUUGGCAUGAACAUGAGGUCAGGCAUGCAGCAGCAGAUAACACCUCAGCCACCCCUGAAUGCUCAGAUGUUGGCACAGCGCCAACGGGAGCUGUACAGUCAGCAGCAUCGACAGAGGCAAAUUAUCCAGCAGCAAAGAGCCAUGCUCAUGAGGCACCAAAGCUUUGGGAACAACAUCCCUCCUUCAUCCGGACUCCCAGUUCAAAUGGGGAACCCCCGUCUUCCUCAGGGUGCUCCACAGCAGUUCCCCUACCCACCAAACUAUGGUACAAAUCCAGGAACCCCACCUGCUUCUACCAGUCCUUUCUCUCAACUGGCAGCAAAUCCUGAGGCAUCCUUGGCCACCCGCAGCAGCAUGGUGAACAGAGGCAUGGCAGGGAACAUGGGAGGACAGUUUGGUACUGGCAUCAGUCCGCAGAUGCAGCAGAAUGUCUUCCAGUACCCAGGGUCAGGACUGGUUCCCCAAGGUGAGGCCAACUUUGCCCCAUCUCUAAGCCCUGGGAGCUCCAUGGUGCCGAUGCCAAUCCCUCCUCAAAACUCUCUGCUCCAACAAACUCCACCCACUUCUGGGUACCAGUCACCAGACAUGAAGGCCUGGCAGCAAGGAACAAUGGGAAACAACAAUGUGUUCAGUCAAGCCGUCCAGAGCCAGCCUGCCCCUGCACAGCCAGGAGUGUACAACAACAUGAGCAUCACCGUGUCCAUGGCAGGUGGAAACGCAAACGUUCAGAACAUGAAUCCAAUGAUGGGCCAGAUGCAAAUGAGCUCUCUGCAGAUGCCAGGGAUGAACACUGUGUGCUCUGAGCAGAUGAAUGAUCCAGCACUGAGACACACAGGCCUCUACUGCAACCAGCUCUCAUCCACUGACCUUCUCAAAACCGAAGCAGAUGGAAACCAGCAGGUGCAGCAGCUUCAGGUGUUUGCUGACGUCCAGUGUACAGUGAACCUGGUAGGCGGGGACCCUUACCUGAACCAGCCUGGUCCACUGGGAACUCAAAAACCCACGUCAGGACCACAGACCCCCCAGGCCCAGCAGAAGAGCCUCCUUCAGCAGCUACUGACUGAAUAACCACUUUUAAAGGAAUGUGAAAUUUAAAUAAUAGACAUGCAGAGUUAUACAAAUAUAUUAUAUAUUUUUCUGAGAUUUUUGAUAUCUCAAUCUGCAGCCAUUCUUCAGGUCGUAGCAUUUGGAGCAAAAAAAAAAAAAAAAAAAAAAAAAGAAAAAAGUUCACUUUUGUUGGGAGAUUGAGAGGUGGUGUUUUUGUUUCCUUCUUUGUAAAGGCCUUGGAUAUUGAAAAGAAUAACAAGGCAGAACAGUUGGACAAUCUUAUUUCUUGAGCCAAAAGUUAAUUAUUCUUAUUUUUAUAAUCAGUCAUUGGCUUCUUAUCUGGAUAAAGGCUUUUGGAGGGAAACCAAAAUAACGAGUUCGGAGGGGAGGACGAAGCCCCGCCUCACUGGCUCAGCCCUGUCCCUGCCCCGGAAGAAGAGCCUUGGGGCUCCACCUGUCUGUCCACCAAAGGCUGUCACCUCCUCCCACCACAGCCUCCCCUCCCCUGCCCCAGGCAGCUUGUGCGUACAAUCAGCUUCUUCAAGCAACUCCGCCCGAUCUGUUGGCACCGAGAGAUUAUUUUGCGUCUACACAUGUACCCUUCUCCUUUUUAUAAAGAUGGAUUUAAACCACGAUGCCUCCAGGAGAGAGGAUGAAAUGGGUGUGUUCACCACGGAAUCCAAAAAUGCAGUUUGGGGGAAAAUGCAAUAAUUUUUGAUAAGAUGGGUGAAGGACAGGAACCGAGUUCUAUCAAUUAUUGUAGAUAGGAUUUUCUGACUAAGUCUGCGGGGAAGGCAGCCUGUUCUUUCUGCUUUUACUCUGUUAACAGCAAGGUAGCUAAAGUUAUUUAAAAUAAAAUGAAGUUUAUGAUCCGAGUAGCUUUUUUUCCCUUAAAUCUCACUGUAAAUAUAUUUUGAUUUCUUGUAGAAAUUGAUUUUGUUCUGUUUAAUUUUAUGCUUUUUUUCAUCCUCUUGGUUUUUCUAAAUUUGUGUGUGAAAUAUAAUGUUGAUUGAACUGCAAUUACAUUUGGCUGGUAAUUUCGUUAUCCCAGUAACUGUGAAGCCAUGUAUGGAUUUACUUUGGGUCUCAUCAAAGUGGCACCGCUGGAAAGAGCAAUUCUAGCUGAGCUGAUCAAAGUACACAGGCCGCUUGUAUGAAGGGAAGUCAGCGCUCAAAGAAAAUCUCCUCUUUUUGUCUCAGAAUAACUUUGGGAAUUUGAAUUUCCAUCAGUGCAAAUGUGUUUCUCUGUUCUGCUCCAAGGCCCUCGUCUUGUUACUCUGCCACAUCCCGGCUCACCCUGGCCCCCCAAGAAAGGAGCCAGCAAACUGACUCUAGUGCUAGCAGUUCUGCUACAGGCUGGGAGAGCUUGAGCAAGCAUGGCCAGAGAGGCCAAGGGAGACCUCCCGUGCUAACCUUGCCCGACACCUGGCCUGUGGGCGACAACACUGACCUUCUGCACCAGCUACCUCUGCUCGCACGGCAGAGAAAAGGCCAUAAGAACCAAUGCAGAUGAGGAGCAUGGACUCAAGACUUCAAGGAAGAAGCCAUUUCCCCAGGUCCUUCCUUCUGCAUCUCACCGCCCCUGGUACAAACAACUCCAUAAGAACAGCAUCUACUCAGAAACUACAGGACUUUGAAACUGGUGGAAGGGCUCAUGUGGUAGCAGCUAUGAAACAGAAAUAGGACCCUCAGUUACAGACAUUCUCUUUUUUAGUUUUCCAGAAAGUGCAUCCCUGAUCUCAUCCAUUUCCAGCUUGAAAGCCCAGCCAUGUUACUCUAGUUCCUACCAAACUGCUCUAAGAGGUCGUUUCCAUUUUGUUUGUGAUAAUAAACGUGCAGACUUCAGGAAGUCCACCUUUAAUUCAGCAUUCCAGAUGGAGUUUCCUGACUCCGCGCUUGUGCGUAAGGACCUAGAAAAGAACAGCAGGAAGGAAAGUUGGAGAUGCUAAUGUCCUCCCCCAUCCCCACUGCACCUUAAAGUAUGCAUGUCACCUUCAAGGUUUUAUAAUUGCACUGUUUGUUUUAUGUAUGUACAGAUUAAAAUUAUUGCUACAUUUGAGGAAAAUAAAAUUGCUUGCUUCUAUGUAAUUCCUGUCAUUCCACAGGAAAUUGACUUUUCCAGCUACUGAAUAGAAUUUGUUUAACAACCUCA